UAGUAUGAAAUUUUAGAAAAUGCAUGAGGCAUACUUAGUUUCCUACGCGUGUCAUGCAUUGAUGUCAAUCAAAGAAAAUGGUUGUCCAGUAAUUGCCUGAUAAUCUUACCACUCCCAUGAACUUACAAGUUAUGUGUUGCUUGGAAUUUGUCAAUUGCUUGCUAGUGCAGAACGUCUUAUGGUACUGGUAGAGUACGGAAAAUGACAGCCUCUGAGAAAUUAUCUUUCGAAAGAAGCAGUGAGUCCUUGCAGAUGACACCACAAGGCAACUUAGGGUACUAUAGCAUCAGGACUGAUUCGCCAACGAAAGCAGCAGCAGACAGUUUCACAUCAGGAAAUUCGUCCCAUGGAAAUAGUGAUUCUUCAGAUGCCUUUAGCUUCCUAUCAUCAAUUGACACCCCAUUUAACUUCUUUUCCUCAAACAACGCGUCCUCUGACAAUUUAGAAUCUUCAGUGGCCUCCGAGAGUCCCAGGAGCCCCACCUUGUCACAAACCCCAGGCCUGGAGGCCGAGAAGAGGAGAAUUAGGCUUGAACUGACAAAAGCCAUGGAAAUGUAUAACUUGGCUUGCAAAGAAAUUAUUGUAGCCAGACAGAAGGCAAGAGAUUUUCAGCAAUGGCAAUUAGUAGAAGAACGUAAAUUAGAGGAGGCCCAGCUUGCUGAAGAGGCCGCAUUAGCUUUGGCAAAAGUCGAGAGGCAAAAGACAAUGGCUGCCUUGGAAGCAGCCAAGAUGCAACAAAGGCUAGCAGAAAUGCAAACACAGAAGAGAGAGAAUAUAGAAAUGCAGGCCAAGCAGAAGAGAGCAGUGGAUGCAUUGCCCCAAAACAAUGUCAUAUAUAGAAGAUAUUCUAUCGAUGAGAUUGAAAAGGCAACUGACUAUUUUAACAGUUCACUGAAGAUCGGUGAAGGCGGAUAUGGACCUGUUUAUAAAGGCUUGCUUGAUCACACUGCUGUUGCCAUCAAGAUCUUGAGGCCAGACUUAUCACAGGGGCAGAAGCAGUUCCAACAAGAGGUUGAAGUUCUGAGUAGUAUCAGACAUCCCCACAUGGUUCUGCUUCUAGGUGCCUGUCCAGAGUAUGGUUGCCUUGUGUACGAGUACAUGGACAAUGGCAGCUUAGAAGAUCGGCUCUUCCAGAAGGACAGCACUCCCCCAAUAUCAUGGCCAACCCGUUUCAGAAUAGCUGCUGAAAUUGCCUCGGGUCUUCUUUUUCUUCACCAAACAAAACCAGAACCUACAGUUCAUCGCGACCUCAAGCCUGGGAACAUUCUCCUAGACCUAAAUUACCGAAGCAAGAUCGGUGAUGUGGGUUUAGCCCGACUAAUUCCACCAUCUGUUGCUGAUAGUAUCACUCAAUAUCAUGUGACUUCAGCAGCUGGUACAUUUUGUUACAUUGACCCUGAGUAUCAACAAACAGGAUUGUUGGGUGUGAAAUCAGAUGUAUAUUCACUGGGUGUAAUGCUGUUACAACUCCUUACAGCAAAGCCUCCAAUUGGAUUAGCUCACCAGAUCGAGAAGGCCAUUAAGAAAGACAAAUUUCCAGAGACGCUCGAUCCGUCAGUGACAGAUUGGCCUAUUGAAGAUGCUUUAUCACUUGCUAAACUUGCUCUCAAAUGUUGCGAGAUGAGGAAGAGGGAUAGACCUGACCUUGAUUCUGAUUUGUUGCCAGAGCUUGAACGGUUAAGGGAUCUUGGGAUUAUGUACUCGUCCCUUAAAAAUAUGGCUAUUGAUGAUGGAAGACGCCCUUAUAACUCAGUUCCAGAGGUUCGACCAACCGUGAAUCAGGGCGGAGAGAUCGACCCUGAUCUAGAAGUGGAUUUGCAGUGGAGAUCCAUAUAAGAAAAGGGUGGCUGCGCGUUUGAAGUCCUUAACCAAAAUGUAGAGCUGAGAGCACCAAAAAUAUGGCGUAGCUUUGAAAGAGUCAGAUUCUAUUUACACUUGGCCGGAAACAAGUUGGAAAACUAAACAAGGAGCGUACUGAGGGUUGUUGGACAUUUGUAAGUUGUUUGAUCUGCAACAACUAGUACUCAACUAAACAAAGUGGUGUUGUUUUCAUGAACUAAGAACAUCGUGUUCUUGCUAUGGUGGAGCUGAAUAUGCUGUAGAAUGUGGAUACCUUUGCAAAAGUAAAGAGCUUUUGUUCUCUAAACUUUUAAAAAUUGAAUAAUGUUAGAUACUUUUA